CAGAUAUGGUAAAGGCAUGCAACGUCUUUUACUUUUCUCAUCCUCACAUCAGUGACAGUUUUCUGCAAAAUGGAUGACUCAAACCCAAAUCCUGGAGUCAAGCACAUAUUCAGAUUUACAUAUUUACAUACUUCUCUCAGGUUAUUGUCUCCAAAUGAUGUGAAAAAGCUUCUCCAGAAGCUUCAAGCACUGGUUACAAAUAUCAAGUGGAGCCCAGAGGACGUGUCAGACUUGUUUGAUGCUCUUUUGAUCCGAUUUGAAUUGACGUCAACAAAUGACAGAUCCCAUCUAAUCAACUGGCUCAUGCAAACGUUGCACUGCAUUGAAGUAAACUUUAUUACUUCCAGCUGGAGAUCAAAAUCAAGACAGACACUUCUUGAGCUGGUCCAAGACAAGACUGUAACAGAUGAAGAGCUCAAGAAUCACUUAUCAAAAGAUGAACAAAAGACACUGGACGAGAUUAUUCAGGAAAUCCGACAUGAAAAGUUAAACCAAGUUGAUGAAAAGCUUUUAGAUGAUAUAAAAGAUAUUGUGUCAUCGGUUCAUAAAAAGCUGACUGUACACAAGGAUGGAUCAAAGAAGAGUGAACUGAAACUAAUCUUGCAGACGAUCUGUGAUGCAGUGGAAAAAACAGCCAAAUACAGACCACGACUGACUCAGAUGGUGAGCUGGUGUCUCAUGGCUCUUUCCACAACGGGGCGGUUACUUCAGGUUGGCACAGGAGAAGGGAAGUCAUGCAUUGUGGCAAUGUUUGCAGCAUUCCGAGCUAUGAAAGGAGAAAAAGUAGAUAUCAUGUCGAGCUCACCAGUUCUAGCAGAGAGGGAUUUGGAUGACUGGAAAGAAUUUUAUAAGUUAUUGAAUAUCAGCGUGGACUGCAACAUCAACAAACUAGAUGAUGACUUAAAAAAGUGCUACCAGUGUCAAGUUGUUUAUGGUACCGUGGAAGAGUUUGCUGGAGACUGGCUUAGACACCACUUCCAAAGGAUGGGCAUCCUGGGAAAUAGGACGUACCAGUGUGCUAUAGUGGAUGAGGUGGAUUCCUUGAUGUUAGAUAAAGGUCAUCAUGUUGUGUACAUAAGCAGUGACAUGCCUGCUUUGCAGCAUCUCAACCCACUGCUGGCAUUCAUAUGGGCCACAGUUAAUCAGUACAGUAAGAUCAACAGACAGACAACUGUAGGACGAAAAUACCCAUUUCAUCAAGUUGUAUCUAAACAGAUUAAAGAUGAAGGUAUCGAUGAGUUUUCAGUUCUUCAGAUAGCAGAGGAAGCUGGUGUACUGGCCAAAGGAUCAGUUAGGGAAAUAAGAAGGAACCCAAGUCUUUUAAUGGAAAAAAUAGCAAACGUUCCUGCAGACAAGCUGGUUGAGUUCUUCAAAACAGUUGAGAGAAAAUUCCCAUCCUGCCACUUUGCUCUGCACUGCAAAAGCACAGAUGGAGAAAUAAAAGAACUGCACAAAAAACCACAAGGAGGAAAUGAGCAGAGACAAGUAUCCCUGCUGUUGGUCAACGGAGGUUUCUGCCAGUACAUGUACACCGACAAAAACAGUGUGCUGAGAGCUGCAGAAGAAGAAAUAAGAGGGGCUCUGCAUUUUACACCAUGCCAACUGAAGGACUCUGAAAGUAGCUGCUUCAUCCCAGGAUUCCUCUCAGAUUUGGUUGAAUCUAAACUAAAGGUUUGGAUUGAAAAUGCAUUCCAUGCACAAACCAUGCAAAUGGAUCAUGAAUAUGUCCUGGAGAGACAUGGAAUAGUUCCUGUGGAUUACAGCUGCACAGGGGUUGUUGAAAACUUCAUGCAGUGGACAGAUGGUCUGCACCAGUUUCUGGAAAUGAAACAUGGGUUUAAGCUGAGUGUUAUGACAGCCAUCACCAACUACAUGUCCAGUGUUGGCUUGCUUCAGAAGUAUGGAAGUCAGAUCUACGGCAUGUCUGGAACUCUUGGUCAACAAGCAGAGACCGAAACUUUGCAGAAAAUCUAUGAGGGAAUCACAACCUGUCAGAUACCUUCUUUCAAACGUAGAAAGCUGUUUGAGGUUGAAGGAAUGAUUGUGGAGAAUGAAAAUAAAUGGAUUGAGAAAAUCUGUGAUGUUGUUGUUGAACAAACCAAACCAGCACCAUAUAGGGGUCAACGAGCUGUGCUGAUCAUCUGUGAGACAAUCAAAUGGGCAAAAACUGUCCACAGAGCUCUGGGAGAUAAGGUCCCACACAAAAAGCUUUAUAUAAAUAACAACAUGGACAACAAAGCAAUCUUUUCCAAGCAUCUUGAAGCAGGAGACAUCAUCAUAGCCACAAACCUGGCAGGUCGUGGAACAGACCUUCAGAUUUCUGACUCGGUAAAGAAAGCUGGAGGUUUGUUCGUUGUGCAGACCUUCCUACCCAGGAACGCUCGUGUGGAGGCUCAGGCCUUUGGUCGCGCUGCUAGACAAGGUUCUCCUGGGUCUGCUCAGCUCAUUGUUUGUUCCAGGCAUCUGUCAGAGCUACAUCAACUGCUGGUUUUAACAAGGAGACUUCAGUCUUUAUUGGAAGAUGUUACAGAUGUCAGUUCAUCUUUUCAUAGUCUGUUCAUGAUGCACUUGAGGCUGUACCAGAAAGGCUACAGUGAUGAGCACAAAGAGGUGUCUUCGAUGCUGCCACUUAUUUUGACUGAAAAGUCAGAUUCAGCUAUAAUGAUGGUGAAAACAUUAAGAGAUGACUCGGUGGCCAAAGAACUAUCUACAUACUUGGAGUGUAUCCAAAAUAUAAAGAAGAAGGAGGAGCUCUUUGGUCUGUAUUUGCAAAUACUCAAUGAUCUGUACAAAGACUGCAGCAACAAGCCAGCAGAAUCAUAUGUGGCUGCACUCAAUGAAUUUUGGGGAAUGUGGCUCCUCACCAAAUUUAACAAAGAUUCCAUCAGUCUACUAAAAAUCAGGCUGAAAGACGACCUGAACAAAGCCAUGCAAAAACUCAAGAAGGGAGAAUCCCCCUUAUCAAACCUGCACCACUACACUGCUUUGGGAAAUGAGCUACGAAAAAAGGGAAAGCUUUCAGAGAGCAUCACCAUGUACACCAAAGCAAUAAAAGAAGACCACUGUUAGGCUGCAGUUGCAUACUACAACCGAGCUUUUGCAACAUUAACCCAGCAAAACAGGCAUCAGGAUCCUGACUGCCUCAAUCGAGCUCUGGAGGAUUUGCAAAAUGCCCUCAAGUCUGUUCAGCUCUACCUCGAACAGCUUGACAUCACUUACAGAAACGUCACACAGCAAACGAAUGGUUUGACAAGGUUUGACAAACAUGUCAUGGCCAGACACACAGUUCUGGUGUCUUUCAAAGCAAACAUUUUUGAAGCUAUACAAAGAACACAGAAGGCCAUAGACAGAGGCGGAUAUGUAAAAGUGGAGGAACUAUUAGUCUAUUUCCUUGUCUCACUGGAGCAUUUUCUGCCAGUGGCGGUCCUCUCAAUGGAAUCAGUGAGUGAUAUUUUGUCCAGAGACCCUUUGAUAAGCUGCCAACUCAUUAGCCACCCGUCCUUUGAUGUGUUCAUUGAAAUCAUGAGUCUCAAAGCUAUGGGCCUGACUCAUAUCUACGUGUUAGAUACCUCGUUCUCUCUGGCUGGUGUGUUUUCAAGAAUAGCCAGGAUUGUGCGUUAAGGUUUGAAUUAUGUGCCAGUUUAGCAAGAAAUUGUGCAAGUAGAGUUAAUAUUCAGCAGUUUUCAAGUUUUUUUUUACACUUAAGGUCAUUUUUAAUGCAGCUUUUGAAGUAGUUUUUAUUUUUUUAAAUAAAACAUGUAAUCUUAAGUAGACUUAACCAUUUAUAUCAUCUGUUAUAAAAAUAUUUAUUACAAUUACUCAGUUGAAAUACUAAUGUUACAGGACAAACAGCAUUUUCUUUUUGUUCACAUUUUUUUAUUUGGUAUGAGCACACACACAGACACGGACACUGUGUCCGAUUUUAAUACAUUAAAAACUAGAGCUUCCAUUUUUAUUCAUAUGUAAACACAACUGUUUAAGUCAUGCAUACAUGUUUAUUACAUUUUUAUUGUAUAUCAUGAUGAUAUUUACAGUGCAUUGUAUAUGUGAUAAGGUAAAAAAGGAGAAAGUUACACAAUGACAAUACAAUUUUAAUUUUGUAUUGAAAUAAAGUUUACUGUAAUUUUUAAAAAGUGUCUGAACAUGAUUAAGAUUUCAUAAUUAUAUAACUCAUUAAAAUAAUACAAUUCAUAUAAUCCUUUGUUGAAAUGUUCUGACUAAAUAUAUUUAUAUCUCAAUGGAAUAAGAUUUUGUGAAAUAAAAUGUGCAUUUGUUGUCAUGAGACUGCUGGUUAUUGACUACUGAGUUUUAAUAUAUAUGUGACUUAAAUGUUUGCUGUAAUAAAAUUGUAGAACUGUGACCCACAACUCAACAAUACCUUAAUAAAUAAAUACUAUAAUAACUAUUUUUAUGGGCUGAUCUUUAGAGCCAAAGCAUCACACUCAUAACAGAUGACAUAAAGGCUGUUGAUUGGCUAAAUGUUCAUAUAUUUAGUGCCAAGGGUUGUAAAUAAAAA